CCCAGUCGAUGAUCCUACCCAGGAUGCACCGAGGUCAGGUCCCGCAUGACGUCAUAAGGGACGGUUUACAUUUUGAUGCGUCGGCUUUGGACUUUACGCUGUUUCGAAACUACGACUGUAUCGAUGGGAAAAACCGGUGUUUUCGAUACUAAAUUUGUCAGUUAACGGAAAUAGAAAGAUUUAUUCGGCAAGUGGUUGAAUGAACGACUGUGUUGGGCUUCAUAGUCGACCAUAUGCGACAAUUGGGAAUGAGUAAUGCGAGCGACAAGGACUUGGAGUUCGCUGAUCCUAAAGAAGAGGCUGCCUACUGGAAAAGGCUUUCUCAGGAAUAUGAACAAAAGUGGUUAGAAGCGAGAGAAGAACUCGAUGAAUUUCAGGAAGGCAGYAGAGAACUUGAAGCAGAGCUCGAAGCACAAUUAGAGCAGGCUGAGGCUCGACAACGAGAAUUAUUAGCUGCAAAAGCUCGAUUAGAAGCUGAAAAUGAAAGUAUGAAGGAAAAACUGGAAGCUGGCCAGAAUGAGGCUUAUUUAACAGUGACUGCUUUACAAGACGAGACUGCACAACUGAGAGCAGUGAAAGAAGAACUACAGAAAUAUGUUCGCGAGCUCGAGCAAGCAAAUGACGAUCUAGAACGAGCAAAAAGGGCAACUGUUUGUUCGUUAGAAGAUUUCGAGCAUCGACUCAAUCAAGCAAUAGAAAGAAAUGCAAUAUUGGAAAAUGAACUAGAUGAAAAAGAGACUUUACAAGAAACUGUACAAAGACUAAAAGAUGAAGCUAGAGAUCUAAGACAAGAACUACAUGUGCGACAAUUAGAAAAGAAAAAACCAGAAGAUUUUGGUAAAGAAAAUAAAGAACCAGACAAAAAUAUUACACCAAUUAAGAAAGAAGCUGCUAUAGAAACAACUACAAAUUUGGCCACGCACAAUAUUGGUACCUCCCCUCUUCAUACYGCAUAUGGAAGUUCACCCCUAACUCCAUCUGCAAGGAUAUCUGCACUCAAUAUUGUUGGAGAUUUAUUAAGAAAAGUUGGGGCAUUGGAAUCUAAGCUUGCCUCAUGUAGAAACUUUGUUAAAGAACAACCACAUGGGGURAGAGGGUCAACGGGAUCCAACAGCCCAGCUGAUUCGCCAAGGUUAGUCUGAGACUAGCAGAGUAGCAAGAGGUAAUUACGCAAGUCCUACAAUGCAGGGCAUGGUCAAGAUACAAGUAUAGUGACAAUCUCUGUAAUUAAUAAAGAUUAUUAUUACUAAUAACAAUUAUAAUAAUUAUUAUUUUAUCAUAAUGUGCAAGCAUGUUUUUAUUUAGCAUUUGUUUCUUGCAUAGAAAUAACAAAGUACAGUGGUUUGAUGGUUGAUAUUUGCUCAGUUUUAACAUGGAAUGUAUUGGAUUACAGUACGAGAAAAAUGAUUUUCAAAAUGAAAGAUUAUUUGCAGGAAAUAUUUUUUAAAACAAAAAAUAAUAAGUCUGACACUACUAUUAACCAAUAGAUAUUUCCAGAUUCCACUUUAGUGACCACAAAACAUUGGUUCCUAUCAAGGUUGGACUUAAUGAGAUACUGUAAAUGUAUGUACACAUCAAGUCCGAUUUUCAUUUGGAACCAUUAUUUAUUUUCAUGGUCGUUCAAGCAAAUUUGGGAAAGUUCUGUUUCUUAGUUGACAUGAGAAACUUAUUAAGUAUUUCAGUAGAUCUAUCUAUUCUAUAGCUGUACUCUUUUUUGACUCCUAACCUUGGAGUACAGGAAACAGUUUACCUAAUUCAAUAGAAACAGCAAUAAACCCAAAGUUCUACAAUAGAACGAAGCUAACACAGAAUUCAUUAGGUUUGUGGUACAUGCGACAGGGCAGAAAAAUGACAAGCCCGCUACUUUCACUUUUUUUUUUAUUUAACUGAAUUUAAUACUCCAAAUUUUUAAGCAUUUCAUUUGUGUCAUUGCUGCUCGAAACUUGUGACGGAAUUUUGUUGUAUUAUUAGAGUAAAUCAACUUAGUAUUCACGAAAAUGUCAGUUUUUCUGCUGAUCAAAAUAUCACCUCUCCCAAAGUACACAGCUUUAUAUCUCAAAUACACAUUCAAUAAAUUUUGGUCUCAUUGCUAUUUGGCUUCAAAAGAACGUGUUUACAAAAUAUUGAGCUUAAAUACUUAAAGCUGUCCUUAUAGUGAAAGGCUAAAAACUGUUUUUCUGCCCUGUCGGUACAUGCAGCAGAACCUAUUCCUUCUGACCCAACAGUCCCAUUUCAACACAUAAACUUGUGACUGCAUGUUUGUUUUUCAUGUUCCAAGACAACCAUUGUUUUCAUCUGUAUGUUAGAAAAAAAAUUAUAUUCCGAUAGUGUUAUGAUACAAAGAAUAUCAUACCUAUYUAGUUAUGAACACCAAGUAAUGCUUGAGCUAACUAAUGCUAAUUCAUGUUUUUACUAAAAUUAUAAAUUUACUUGAGUGCGUACCUUAUAACCAUGAGAAAGGUAUCUAACCAAAAGACCAGUUUCGAAUUCUAAAUUACCGCUGUGUUCCUUGAUUACGGACUCAUUUGCACAGGGUUAGCCUCGAAUUUGUGCAGAAUAUUCACGUUUUCCAGUCAAGGUCCGUCGAGUUUCAAAGUGUU